CUUGAUUAGUCUUGUGUCAAAAGCUCAUGCAACUGAGACUCUCUAAAAUGAACUGUGUUGAAUCUUGGUGCUUUUCCCCCUUUGGUGUGAUUUUGACUAUCUCUAAUGUCAUCUUUGCAAGUUCAGCUCGAUUGUUUUGCUCCACGUUCCCAGCUGCAGUUGUCAGUGAUGAAAGCUGUUGUGGAGUAUUACCUGUAAAUAUGCCACAACAUGCAAGACAAUGAUACCUGUGCUGCACCAGAAUACGGAUCUUGCCUCUGGGCUUUGGUGGUUUUAUUGCAGUGGGAGGAAAUGUAUGUAUUAAAAAUCCACAUUCAUGUGGAGUACCGUAAAAGAAAGCAUUCCUAUGCUUAUAUUCCAGGAAAGGUACUUAAGCUAUUGUUUGUCUUUACCCUCCCCAUGGAGUCAAACAGGGAAGACUAUCACUCUUGCUGUUGCUGUUAAUGAUUCUCCUCUUUGUUGGUGAAAAAAUCCCCUUUCUUCAAUCUGCCCCAGCCUUCUUUAUAUCUUUUGAGCAUAUCUGGUAUGAACAAGGUUAUAUCUCAAGUACUCAGUUUUUAAUAGGUCUCUUCCUCAUUCAAGCACUGAUGGGCUGUAAAACCCAGCAUGUGAUAGGUGAGUAGUGGUAGUCAGGAGGUAACUGCUGCUCACAGGAUGUUGGUGAGAACUACAGGAGACAGAGGUAACUGAUGCUGGUUUUUAAGACAAAUCCUACUUGUUUCUUCUGGGUUUCUCCCAUCUCAGCUGGAGGGCUCCAUCUUUUGUUGGGGACAACAGAAAAUAGGUUCAGAGGUGUAAAAGGAACCACAGGCCUGUAUGGGAGAUAUUAUCUUCCCUAGGGCAUGGUUCUGUAGGAUGCUUGGUCUACCACUGUCAGACCUUGGUUUGCAUGCUUUAAAUAGAAAUUCUCAUGCUAACUCCAAAGGUUGUGUGUGUUUAACGUGUCAGCUUGUGCAAGAAUUAAUCUGAUUUUGAGGGAACUUGUCAGUCUGAAUUGAUAACCCUAAUUUCCAGAACUGGUAUUGCUGAUCGGAACCAACAUGGGUAUAUGCAUAAACGUUUGCUCCCCACAGAGUGCUGCAGUUGAGGCACAUAAGCUAUAGGAGUUAUCCCUUGUGUAAUGGGACGUAAGGGUUCCAUUACCUUGAGACACCUUGGAAAGAGUCUAAUAUCUGCAGAAUAACGUGCAGGCCACGGUAGCUUUCAAUUCCUAGUUUUCUUUUAGUUAAUGCGUAUGUAAGCAAGUCAGUUAAAGCACAGUGGGUCUAUUUCAAAUAGAUAAUCUAAUUAUCAGCUUGAUUAAACCAUAUCAAAUGAACGGUUCUUGUAAUUUGGUAGCUUUGUUCUCUUCGCUACAGAUGCAGUAGCUUUAAUUAGCAGCCUCAGAAGUAGCAGACCUGUGCUGAUUGCGUCAAUUGAGAGGUGUUGCAGCUGGAUACUUGAUGUGGAGGGAAUCAGACUGCUCCUAUAUCGGUGCUAAUCCGUAGGCUGGCACUUUGUUGCCAAUAACAGGAGUCUGACUGCUUCAUAAAUACCAUUACAUGCAAGAAAUAGCCCUUUUCUGCUGUUUCCUCUGCUCAGACACAGGCUUAAUUAAAUUGAUUUCUCUAGUCAAUUAGGCUUUCUUUUUAAAACGUUUGUAGAUAUUGCCUACCGUAUCCCUUCUUAGCUUUAAACUCACCUGUGAAUGUGUGUUCUUUUGGACUGCAGCAUCCCUCAGUUAUCUGACAUAAGCCAACCACAGGUCUCUUGCUGAAGCCAGCACCUGGCCAAACAAACUGCUGGGAUGAAGCUGUUCCUUUGGCAUUGCUUGCCAGCUUCUCCAAGCCCACUCAGCAGUAAGAUGCUGCUCUUUGUAUAGCCAGGAAGCCUAGGGCAUGGUGAAAGGACUGGACAUUGAUCCUAUGACGCAUGCCCGGAAGAAACAACUUUUCCUUCUGAAGCAUCCAGCUGGUUCUGCUGGCCAGGUUUCAUCACCCACAGGCAACAGGAGGAUGGACAGGACACAGGCGGAGUGCGGCGAGCAAAGGGAUGGGGAUGCUGCUGAGGCUGCCAGCAGUUUGAGUGGGUUUGUGGGGACAAGCAAAAGCAAGAAUUUGCAGGAAGUCCGAAAGACGUACCCGCUGCGGAGACGUCUGCACCCUUCAAUGAACAAAAAGACCUGUAAAGUGCUUCUCACCAGGCUGGAAGAUGUGGCUGGAUCUCUGUCCAAAGAGACCCAGAGCUGCAAAAAAAAGGACCUUCCCAGCUGGGUGGAGGAGUUGGGGCCCACUUUUUUUGCUGAACAAGUUAAACCUGUGGGAGCGGGCAGGAGUGAUUCAGCUGGGGAAAAGUGCACAGUAACUUAUCCAGGGACAGAGGAAGACCUUGAUGCUGCUCCUUCAGAGCCCAGGAAACGCAGGCUGGCCUCUCUGAAUGCAGAGGCUGUGAACAAUCUGCUCUUUGAGCGGGACGAUGGCUUGUUGUCUGGCAGGCGCUUUCGGAGGGACACUGCCAAAGCCAGUGGAGACUGUACUGCCAAGAGCUUGCAUUGCAAGGCAGGUGACAGCUGGCCUGCCUUGGAGAAAACAGCUGUAAAAACAGGUAAAGGCAAAAACCGGCAGGAGCCCAGUCAGAAAUACGGUAGCUGUGACCAUUCACUGGAUGAGGUCUUUGAUGAUGGGUUAAGGAGAGAGGAUAGUACCAUCUCCUAUCAUCCCACCCCAAAGAGACUGGCCAGCCUGAACGCUGUGGCUUUCUUGAAGCUGACCCAUGAGAAAGACCAGCCCCUGAAGCAGAGGAGUAAGUCAGACGGGGAGGGCAAGUCUGAGAACCAGUGUUCAAAGUCUACGCUAAAAUGGGCCAAAGCCAAUAGGAAGAAUUGUGUCAAGUCCAAAAAGGAAGCGACCAGCUUAAAAAUGGAAGGUCAGCAUAGCUGGCGAGGGCUCACCCUGGGUGCCUUUGGGAAGGCAGAACAGCAGGACUCCUCUAGGCUCUACAGGAAAGCCCAACCUGUCCCUUAUGAAUCGCAGUCUAGUACAGAGGGUUUUUACGAUAGACUGCCUUUGCUUAUGGGCGGGCAAGCUGCCAUGAAGCCCGAGUAUGGAAGGCCUGGAGAGAAAUCCCCAACUCCCAAACAGGAAUUUCAUCAGCCUUCCUUUCCUGUGCAGCAGUUCCCUCCUUUGCCCGUUCCUGGGAAUCACACGGAUUGUGGCUGUCUCUAUGAAUCCUCAGAUCUGACUCCGUUGAACAGGUUUUAUGUUUGUUAUGGCCAAAGUGGAUACCGUGGCUACUCUCACUGCUCAGUUUACUCCAAGGACGAAGUUUUGCAGCCUGCUACCUGUGAAGGGCUCUUGGUAUCGCCUGGUUCCUUGCCAUCAGGCGCUCAUUUCCAGCCGCUCCACUGGUGCAGCUCACCAUACUGCUGUGGAGAAGGAACAGCCAUCAACAGCUACAGUGUCUGCGGCGUUGUCCAUGUGCCAGAUGGCAGGAUCAGCAGUGUGCACACAGGACGGAACAGCUACCCCUACAAAAUGCCUUUUGCAGCAGAAGGCUGCAAGUCUCUGGACCAGCUGAACCUCACAAUUCCGGUGGCAGGGCACCCUGCAUCGCCUGCCCACCCGCUCUCAGGAUGUCCUGUACCCAGCGUGCCGCCAGCUGCAGAACCUGUUCCUCAUCUGCAGACUCCCAACUCUGACCCUCAGACCAUGGCCCGUGAAUGUCCCCAGAGCUCAAAGCCUCCCAGUGGCUCCAAAUCUGGUCUCCGAAAUAUGCCAGGCUGUCUGCAUGCCUCUGACAGCAAAACGGUGGGAGGCCAUUCCCAUCCAAAGCAACAGCGCAUCAGCAGGCGAAGAGCCACUAAUGGCUGGAUACCUGUUGGCACAGCCUGCGAGAAGGCUGUCUAUGUUGUGAAUGAACCCGAGCCAGCUGUUCGCAAGAGCUAUCAGGCUGUGGAGAGAGAUGGGGAGAUUAUCCGGGUACGAGAUACCGUCCUCUUGAAAUCAGGACCCAGGAAGAAAUCUAUGCCAUAUGUUGCGAAGAUAUCGGCUCUGUGGGAAGACCCCAAAACAGGGGAGCUGAUGAUGAGCCUCCUGUGGUAUUACAGACCAGAGCACACUCAGGGAGGCCGCAAUCCCAGUAUGCACCAGAAUGAGAUCUUUGCAUCCCGACAUCAGGAUGAAAACAGUGUUGCCUGCAUAGAGGAGAAGUGCUACGUGCUGACCUUUGCAGAGUACUGCAGAUUCUGUGCCUUGGCAAAGCGUCGAGUUGAAGGGAUCCCUGGCAGGAAAGCCAUCAUGGUUCCUCCCUCAGAAGAGUACUCCACACCUCUGCACCGCAAGGUGCCCGAGGACACUGACCCUGAGCUUGUUUUCCUCUGUCGUCACGUCUACGAUUUCAGACACGGGCGCAUCUUGAAGAACCCACAGUAGCAUGGCUCUGCGUUGGGACUGCAGUGAGGGCGAGCAGCACUGGGGAGCUGAUGGCAGGCCGGCAGGCUGGGACAUCUGUGUGCUCCCACCCACUUACCUUUUGCUGCUUGCAGCCAAGAGCUCUCAGUGCUCUUUCCUCAGACUGAACAAGCAUGCAUGGGAGCAGAUCCCUGUGGAGGAAGGCAGUGGUUGAAAGCACAGCACUUCGUUAAAAGCAUAAAUGAAAAUAUAUACGUAUAAAAAUAAAUAUAUGUAUAUAGAUAUAGGUACUUGCAUAUGUAAAUCUAUAUCUAUAUAUGUAUCUAGAGAUGCAUAUAUUGGGAAGGGUUUGUAGGGGAUAAAAGCCAGUAAGCUGAAUCAGAGCCAUUGUUGGUGGGAGUGGUGGGAAGACACAGGAGGGAGAUGCGGUGGUGCGUUAUGUGAGUCAAGCUGUGAUAGUCCUGUGGUUCUCAUGUGAAGUGGGAGGACUGAGACCGGUUCCUUGGCAGAGUGUAGGAGCCUCCUCUGUCCCAAAGGAAAGCGAGAGCUCCUUUGAAAUACAGCGGUUGCUUUUGAAGCUACCUGGAUGCAGAGUGGCCUUGUGUCACACUCAAGUAUGUUUUGCAGGGAAGAGCUGUUCCUUUUUUUCUUCCUCAUCUUUCUCUUCCCCUCACCUUCUUAAGAGCUGUUCUGCAAUUCACUGCUUGGUCUUGGGCUUGGAAAUCCAUUCCAGCUCAGAGACAGAGAGGGACCCAGUGGGAUUGAUGGCUUUAUUUUCUGGCGUGGCAUUGUGGAGAGCUGUACUCACACCCACAGGAUUGCAGCAGAUGAGCAUUGCCCUAAAGCUGGGAGCACACCAAGUGGGCUCCAUUGGUGGAAACCAGGUUUUCUCUUCUGAGCACUGCCUGCUAAUAUAGCAUAGAUAGCUUUAGUAAUAGAAUUGGGUUUACUCUUUCUUUCAGUUCAUGCAUAUGUAGUGUCCUUUAACACCAUGUCCUCACUGUGAAGAAGCUAGAUGGCAAAACACUUUAAGUGUUGCUUUUAGCUUUCUUUUUAAUUCAGCCCCCCUUUAUGUCUCUGUUCUGACUCUGAGUUUCUCAUUGAAGCCACCAGCAGAGCUGUCUCAGUGCCGCCCUGCAGCUUCCUCCCCAUCUCCAGACUCAUCCUGUCAUCUGAGCAAGCUCACCAAAGUGGCUUUGUGGCUCCUGAGAGGAACUGAGUAUUGGGGAAGGGUUUGCAUUGACAAAUGCAACCUAAGCCUCGCAGAUAUUUCUUUGCCUCUUGCCUUACCUGUAUAGAUCCUAAGUAGACUUUAGCUUAUUUCAAUGCAAACUGUUGAAGCUGAUUCUAAAGCAAACCAAAGGACAGUGUAACUGAGUCCGUUGAGUCAGCCACACCAAGCUGGGAAUCCACAUUUAGAUUGCACUAAUGUAAAGAAUGAGAAACAACGCUGCAUCGGCCUGUGUGCCUGUUGGCUGGAGCCACUCAUUGAAAUGUAGGGAUCUGCAUUUUUCUGCUUCUUGGGGGGGGGCUUCUGAACUCACGUGAAACAAACAGUGGAAGUAUUGAAACUGCUUUAACAUUGUCUUGUCAGUGGAAGUGGGAGAGAACAGCAUUGGCUUGCUCCAGCAGCUGCAUGCCUGGUCUGGAAAGAAAACCCCAUGGCAUCAAAUCUGUUACAUGGAAAUAGCUUGGUAACGCCACAGAUCUCCAGAAUUGCUCUACAUACCAAAGAGGGGAAGGUGUCUAGAAGAAGAGGACAUAAGAGGAGAGGAUGAGAACUGGCACCCACCGCAGUGGGACAGUAGGGCAUGCAUCUCUCUGCUGUUAGGGGACGAUUUCUGCUCAGUGUUGCAGAAGAUGCUUGCAAAGCCCUGUUGUCCUUGCCCAAGGGAGAGUGCCCAACUUUAGGAGGCGAGGUGCAUGGGCAGGAAUUUGUGUGCUAAGCAUCAUAUCUCAUUUAUACCUCAAGAUACUGCUAGUGUCAAAGUAAUUGCUCAGAUUUCUCCUUAACAAUUAACUUGGACACUGGUGGUCUCUUGGAAUGAUUUAGUUAGGCUGCGUGAUGCAGUGUCUCCCAGUGGGAAUCAGGAGUGCUUUUGGGUGGAUGAAAAUGGCACGGGGUGGGGGGGAGGGAGCGUGGUGAUGCUGGAGGAUGGGGUUCCUGCUGGAAAAACAGAGCUGCUCCUGCCUGUCAUGAUAGAGGGGAUCAUGGGGGAACAGAGUGGCUGUGCCCUGGGUCCAUGGGCAUGUGGUGACAGCAUGGAAGGUGACAGGCAGUCCUAAAAACACACAGUAAACUUGUUAGGGACACCCAACCUAAAGCAGGUGAACUGCCUGCAGCUGCCUUCCUCUAACCCAAGUGCUAUCUGACGCAGGAUUCAAGACCCAAUGGCCAGGCAACCCUGAGCAUUUCUGCACAGUCAGAGAAGGAUUUGAAACUCAGCUUUGGAAACCACAUUAACACGCUGAAAUUCCUCCUUCUGACCCCUCUCCCCCCUCUAUUCCCACCUUUGUCCUGGCUCCUCCCCAAGUGAAAGAGAAAUUGCUUGCCCUGGGCGUAGAACAGGCUCUGCUGUGUCCAGAGAGGACAAAUCCCAACUUCUCAUGUUAGAAUCUGCUUCAGGCCAAGAACAUUGUUUUUGAGAUUCACGUGGUCGCUUAUGCUGUUGUGCGGACAGCAUGUAAAUGAAUGGAAAUGUCUUAUCCAUAAUGAAAAAAAAAUAUUUCAUGCUUUUUUAAUCUAUUAGAUACGGAAAUAUUUUUUGAAACUGAAAAUGCAGUCGGUAGAAUUUAAAUUGAAACGUAAUACAUGUAAAAUAUAUUUUAGUUGAUAAUUUUUGUAAAAUGCACUUUUUUUUGUGUCUCUUCCCCUGGUUUACCCCCCCAGAAUCUGUAUUUCAGUGUUUACAGAUGGAAUGAAAACAUUCCCUAUCUCCCCUUCUUCUGUGAGAAAGAUAUAUUAGAAUUCUUAAAAAAGAAAUAAAUUUGAGAAAUGGUAUUGAUUUAGAAAACA